CCAAUAAAGUUACAAGAAAUGGAUAUGGAACGGGUUGUACAAGCAUAAUAUUGCCAAUCACUAUUUACUGGAGCGACACCAACGCUGUUACUAUCAAACAUCGGUCUUUGGAAAGGUUGUACGAUUAUGGCAGCAAAUAAGGCAUUUCGUUUUUUCGACUUACCCCCUGAGUUGAGAGGUGCUGUCUUCUCACAACUCCUCGUCUCGGAUGAAAGUAUUAUACUCCAUGAUACAACUUUCUUCACUUUACCUUCUGCGGGGAACUGGAACUUUCUAAAUGUCUUCCUCGUCAAUAUGCAGAUGUACCAAGAGGCAUCGGCUAUAUUCUAUUCCAUGAACCGCUUUACCCUGAACGCGCACAGUCAUCGCUUGCCUGUCCAUCUCACAAGCCGAGGGGGUUUUCUUAGUGAAGAAGGGAAGGACGCCCGAAGACGUGUGCGCAACUUGACGCUGUACCUCACAAGGGUAGGCGGCGAAUUCGAGCGUGUCAUAGGACCUGCUCUUUCCGAUAUGGUUCUGAACGGGAACUUAAGAGAGCUCGUGAUGCGCCUAGGACCGCCUAGUUCACUUGGCGCGAGUCGACCGCCCGAACGUGAUAUGGAGCAACGGCCUCCCUUUCAAGCGCUAUUAAGGCUGCUAGCCGACCCGUACUUGGAAAAGGUUAAAUUAUUGGCUUGGAAAGCUCACUUGGCUAUAUUCUGCCCAUUUCACCUCAGGAUAAACUCGUCGAGGACGGAUACCGAAUCGGUUGAUAACCAAGGUAUCGCCAUUCUACGGAACAGUACUGGUUGGGUUGAACUAGAUUGGAGGGCUAUGGUUGAUGUGUACGCGCCGGGACAGAAGAUUGUGAGGAUUGGCGACAGAACCUACUAAGAAUCGACGGGCGCAAGCACUGCAGGGAUUUCGACGAGACAAGUGCUUUAUUAUGGCUCAAAUUUAACAAUUCAGGCUAUCUAUCUCGCAGAGACU